GCGUGCUCGUCCUUCAAGCUUCAAUCCAUAGCCUAUGCGUAGUGCACAACAGCGUAUGAUACUUACUACACCGCCGGUGUGGCUCAUAUGACUGCGACAGGGAUGAAUCAGGAAGUAAGUCAGGGUGAUACCUACGUCAUGGAUGUAAAAGCGAGACAAGCUCCUUUUCCUUCUCGAAUGAAGAUAAAAGCCAGCCUUCCUCGGCCCACUAGGGAACAUCAACUCAAACCUGAACUACUUCUAUCCAACUCAACCAUCUCAUUGCUCAAUUGCAUCUAACAUGUCGACUUUUACCGUUAUCUACGAAUUUGUCCUUGCACUCGUCGGUUGUGUAUUCUCCUCAUGGCUCAUUUACCAAAUCAUCUUUGCCGACACGAGAAUGACCGAAGAAGAGCGUCUGGCUCGGAGAGCAAGAAGAAGGGAAUUACAUGGUCUGAAGCCCCUUCGCCCUAAAUCCAAGGUCAAGCGCACCCCACACGGUGACGAACACAUCAAGGCAAAGAAAUCUGUAAUCUUCACUACAGAAACGCCACAAUCAUCAACCCUGAAAUUUGCGUCGAACAUGCCGACCAUGAUGAAAACACUCUCUAAUAAGAUCGUCAGAGAAGCGUCCCGAGGAUGGCUGGUCAAGGAAGUGAUUGUGAACGACGAAAUGAUGGCGAUGUCAAGAGCUCUGUCGUCGAACCCGGCUGUUUGUACUGGGUGGUAGCGUAUUGUUUUACCCCACUACGGACUUUGCCUACAAGCCCCCAAAUUGUAGAUCUCCGAUGAGCGUCAUGAAUAUUUAAAUUACAAUCAUAUAACUUAUUCCCCAUUUUGCUUAAACCCCCAGACGUUUCACGAAGACACCC